AUGAGGGGGGUCGCGGCUGCGGAGCUCGGCCUUUGCUGCCUCCUCCUGCUGCUGCUCUGGUGCGGCUUCUCCCGGGGGCGCGGAGGGCUGCGCAUGUACGUGAGCAGCUGGGCCGUGCGCGUGCCCGGAGGCGUGCCGGAAGCGCAGCGCCUGGCGCGCAAGCAUGGCCUGCUCUACCUGGGCCAGGUGAUCGAAGGGGGAGAUUAUUACCACCUUGAACACAGAGGUGUGAAACGGCAGUCUUUAAAUCCGCACUGGGGUUGGCAUGUGCGUCUGAAAAAGGAGCCCAUGGUCUAUUGGUUUGAGCAGCAGACGUUGAAGAGGCGGUCACGGAGGACUAUUACCGUGGUGCCCACUGACCCAUGGUUCCAGAGACAGUGGUAUAUGAACAACGAUGUGACUCCAGAUCUCAAUGUGCUGGCUGCCUGGAGCCGAGGCUACACCGGCUUGGGGGUGGUCGUGAGCGUUUUGGACGAUGGCAUUGAGAAAGACCAUCCCGAUCUGACAGUCAAUUAUGAUCCCCUGGCGAGUUACGAUUUUAACGACAAUGAUCCAAACCCUCAGCCACGCUACGACGCCUGGGAUCAGAAUCGGCAUGGUACUCGCUGUGCUGGAGAGGUGGCAGCUGCUGCCAACAAUGGCAUUUGUGGAACUGGCAUUGCGUACAGAGCAAAAAUUGGAGGCGUGAGGAUGCUGGAUGGGGCUGUGACGGAUAUCGUGGAAGCCCAGUCCUUGAGUCUCCAUCCCCAGCACAUUGACGUAUACAGUGCCAGCUGGGGCCCAGAGGAUGAUGGGAAAACGGUGGACGGCCCGGGGACUCUGGCCCGGGAAGCUUUCUACAAUGGGAUCAUCAACGGCCGCGGCGGGCUGGGCUCACUCUUUGUCUGGGCCUCCGGCAAUGGCGGCCACCGUUACGACAACUGCAACUGUGAUGGUUACACAAACAGCAUCUAUACCUUGUCGGUGGGCAGCACAACGGAGAAUGGCUGGGUCCCCUGGUACAACGAGGCCUGCGCUUCCACCCUCACCACCACCUACAGCAGCGGGGCAAAGGGGGAAAAGCAGAUCGUAACAACAGACUUGCGGCACAGAUGCACCAGCAAGCACACCGGCUCCUCUGCCUCCGCCCCUCUCGUGGCCGGUAUGAUCGCCCUCGCUCUGGAGGCCAACCCAGCACUGACCUGGCGGGACAUGCAGCAUCUGGUGGUGAGAGCCUCCAAGCCAGCCCACCUGCAGGCGGGGGACUGGGCUGUGAAUGGAGUGGGACGCAAAGUGAGUCACCAUUAUGGAUACGGGCUCUUAGAUGCUGGAGAGCUGGUGGAUCUGGCCCAAAAGUGGACACCAACUCGGCCCCAGCAGAAGUGUUCCAUCAGCGUUAUCCACAAGCCCCUGGCAAUCGGCUCGAGGCUGUCCGUCUCCGCCAACACCUCUGCCUGCUACGGGAAGAAUGCUGACAUCCUCUCUCUGGAGCACGUCCAGGUGCAGCUUUCACUCAGCUACAGCCGGAGAGGAGAUUUAACCAUCUCACUGACCAGUCCGAUGGAGACCAAAUCCACCCUAGUGGCUGUCAGGCCUUAUGAUACUAGUAGCAGCGGGUACAAGGACUGGUCCUUUAUGUCCACACACUAUUGGGAUGAAGACCCUCGUGGCGUCUGGACCCUUCUGCUGGAGAACAAGGGAGAUGCAUACAACACAGGCUUCCUCACCCAAUUUGUAUUGAAGCUGCACGGGACAGACGAGGAUAUGUCAGCGAGAAAGGCAGCCACCUCGGUAGUGAGCGAGUGCGUGAGGCGAGACGAGGAUGGGACGUGCCAAGAGUGCACCAGCCCAUUCUACACUUUCCACCACCUGUGCCUCUCCUACUGCCCGCCCAGGUAUUACAACCACUCUCGUCAUUCACGAGACCCCAGCGGAGCCGCCCGCACAGUCCAGGCAUGUUUUGCCUGCCACGUCUCCUGCUACACGUGCCAAGGAGGAACAGCCGAUAACUGUACCGCCUGCCCACCCUUCAGUGCCUACGAUAAGCUCACCCACACCUGUUCCCAGCCGCUUCGCACCUACCUGUACCGUGGCGGAAACCUUUUUCAGGGGCCUCAGCACCUUCUGCUCCUGGUUGUGGUGAUCCUGCUGUGCGUGGGUCCCGUUUUCGUCAGCAUCCUCUGCCUGGCGUCCCGCUUGUUGCGUUUCGUGUGGCAGAAGAAGCCGGAAGCCGCUUCGGAAUCCGAGGCCGCUGCCUUGGAACUGGUCCACUGCAGCGGUGUCGGCUCGGAGGAACAGACAAAGGAACUGGGACAGAGGCUUCUUCCGUGA